UGUGAACUGUGCUGGGGCUCGGGGCCAGAACCGUGGAGGCCCCCGAUCCGAGAUGCUGCUCCUGCUGAUGGUCCUGGAAGCCCUGUGGGCAGGAGGCAACACCUUUGAGACCCACAUCAUUGGGGGUCGAAACGCUGUCCCCCACUCACGCCCAUACAUGGUCUCGCUGCAGAAGUCUGGCUGCCACCAAUGUGGCGGGGUGCUCCUGAACCAAAAUUGGGUGUUGACAGCUGCCCACUGCCUGACCCAGCCGACGCAGCAGCUGAGGCUUGUGCUGGGACUCCAUGUGCUGGGAGAGCCCAGUCCUACCUACCGCAUCAAGAAGGUGGUCCUGCACCCCAAACACAAGCCAGUCCCUCAUCUGGAGAAUGACCUCGCGCUGCUAAAGCUGGAUGGGAAGGUGAAGCACAGCAAGACCAUUCAGCCCCUGGCCUUGCCCCGAGGGCGCCAGGAGGUGGCCGCAGGCACCCGUUGCAGCGUGGCCGGCUGGGGCCUGACCCACCAGCCUGGGCAGUUGGCCAAGGUGCUGCAGGAGCUGGAUCUGCGUGUGCUGGACACCAGGAUGUGCAACAACAGUCGGUUCUGGAACGGCACCAUCAGCCCCCACAUGAUCUGCCUGGCAGCUGACUCCAAGAGCCAGGCCCCCUGCAAGGGGGACUCAGGCGGGCCUGUGGUGUGCAGAAGAGGCCAAGUGGCCGGAAUCCUGUCCUUCAGCUCCAUGGAAUGCACUGACAUCUUCAAACCCCCCGUGGCUGUCGCCGUGGCCCCCUACAUGCCCUGGAUCAAGAAGGUCCUCCGCCACUAACGGCCCACCUCCCUCACCUUGACCCUCCAGAGGUGGCCCUGAUUCCGUGUUCCAAGGAGCAUCCUGCAGCAGGGCAGCCAGGGGCCCAGAUGUAUCAGGGGACCAAUAAACCGUAAUAAUAAAACUGCUUGAGCCUCCUGCGGGCUGA